GAUCCUGUUGUUUCCUAUCAUUGAUAGUCUAGGAAACCCCUUAAGAAUUUUUACAUUAAAUUCCCAAAACAAUCUCUAUGAUCUCUCUCUCUAUAAGUACAUAUUUGGUUUUCAUGGUUUACUUAAAUUUUAGUUUUGAUCUUUAUAUUUUAAAAGUUUAACUUAUGGUCUUUAUGAUUUUGCAAAUUUACAUUUUGAUAAUUUGAUCUUUAUAAUUUUAUUCUUAGUUUUGAUCCUUAUAGUUUUAUUUUGUUGUACUUUUUUUAGGUUUUGGUCCCUCUAGUAUACCCAACGUUCACAUACACAACACAACACACACCUAACUUGUUUAUGAGAGCUAUAAGUCACCACCUUCUAGUUUCACUACUCGAUUGGAGAAUCUCUACCUCACGAUCUCUUUUUUCUCUUAGAACCAUCAUGUCACAAUCUGAUCAUUCCUCUGCUUUUACCACACCCAGAUUAGUUCUCAAGAAGGUUUUGGCCAAAUCUCAACAUGAAGGGGAUGGAGCUGUUGUUAGAAGAGGGAUUGGAAGGAGCGAGUUGAAGAACUUGGAUCCCUUCCUAAUGUUGGAUCACUUCUCAGUAUCUCCCCCAGCAGGAUUUCCGGAUCAUCCACACCGAGGUUUUGAAAUCGUCACCUACAUGCUAGAGCUAGCUGGCAUUCUUUUGGAUACUGCGAAUCUAAGGGACCCUCGUUGCUCCUCUAAAGAUAAGUACAUGGCUUCAUUAUUGAUCAAUGGUGCUCCUAUAAUCACAAGUGCAGAUUCAAGGUCAGUGCAAAUUGGCAUGAGUUGUAUCGGAAUUUCAAUCGGACAGCUUCUUUCUCACGCAGGAAAUCUAGCUCAAGAAAUAACACGCUUCCAGUUAUCUGAGAAACUUCGAGCACUUAUUGUCGUUUCGGGGUAUUAUAACGAUGAAAAGAACUUCAAGAGAGAAGUUUUAAUAUCUAUGGAAUCUGCAAAGCAAUUGGAGAGUUUGCUCUUCUUCUUCGAUUUCAAUGCUUCCCGGCUGCCACUCAAGAGCUUACACUUUCCAGGAGAAGUUGAAGAACAAAUUGAGUAUCUGGAAAAGUUGGUGCCAAACUGGAUCUACAAGAAAUUGGUUGUUACAGGACAUACUGUGUACUGAUGAGUCCCUUUUAGGAAUGUUGAUCAUAUCUAAAUUAAAUAUUGUAGGCCAUUAAGUUAGAAUUAAUUUUAUUUUGUUGUGUGUGUUGGGGGGUGAGGGUUAACAUGAAAGUAGGCAGGUGCUGCUUAUUAAAAUUAAAGAAAUGUUGAGCCACUUAUGCUUUCAUGAAUACAUCAUACGAUGUAGUUUUUUGUGUUGAGCCACUUAUGUUGAGCCACUUAUUUUCUCGGUCUAAGGAAGUAACACCUCAUAAAGGUUUCUUACAUACCUCACGUGUUUCUUUUCAUGGGUGAGAUAAUAAGUAGCAAUUGACAUAUGAAGCCUACAAUUUUUUUGUAGAUCAAUGUGUGGGGUAUGUAAAAUUUUGUAUUACUAUGAUACUUGCACAUGUGCUUUUAUAUUAGUUCAGUGGCUCAAUGGUACAUAUGAGGGUUUGGUCCUUUCUCAUAUGCAUUCCCCCCCCCCCAAUAUCUUUUAUAUUAGUCAAUACUAUUUUUUAAUUUGCUUUUAUGCUGACUU